AUGAACAGAGAAUGGAAUAUUCAAGCAUCCAAUGCUGCACUCAAUACAACUAAUCCAAUUAGAGCGAUUGUAGAUACAGGCAAGUAUAAGCCAAACCCAGAGAAAUCAGUGAUUCCUCUAUCGAUUGGUGAUCCAUGUGUAUUCGGUAAUUUGAAUGUCGAUCAAUAUGUCAAUACAGUUCUCGUUGAGAACAUUCAGUCCGGUAAAUUCAAUGGUUAUCCUCCAUCAAUUGGAUAUGAAGCAUCUAGAACUGCAAUUGCAAAGUUUGUUGAAACAAAGACAUCACCAUUGACUGCUUCUGAUAUCAUUAUCGCAAGUGGAGCGUCGGGUGCCAUUGAGAUUGCAUUGACUGCCAUUUUGAACCCAGGAGACAACAUUCUUAUUCCAAAGCCUGGUUUCUCACUGUAUGAGUGCAUCUGCCACAGCAAGGGUUUCAACAUUAAACACUAUAAUCUACUGCCAGAGAGAUCAUGGGAGAUUGACAUCGAUCACCUCAAGUCACUGAUCGACUCCAACACCAAAGCCAUUCUCAUUAACAAUCCAUCGAAUCCAUGUGGAAGUAACUUUUCAGCCAAUCAUCUUCAACAAAUUUUACAAGUUGCUGAUCAAUAUCGUUUACCAAUUAUUUCCGAUGAAAUCUAUGCAGGAAUGACAUUCGGAGACAACGUAUUCAUUCCAAUUGCAUCGUUAACUGAAACCGUACCAGUUCUCUCUAUUGGUGGUAUUGCUAAAAGAUUUUUAGUACCAGGUUGGAGAGUUGGUUGGAUUGCAGUACACGAUAGAAACAAUUUGUUUACCGCAAUUAAAAAAUCAUUAGUUUCACUAUCCCAACUCAUUUUGGGACCAAACUCUUUGAUCCAAUCGAUCUUACCAAGCAUUUUAGAUACCAACAACGAACAAAUCAAUAAGUUCUUCCAAACUGUAAACGCAACACUCGAAGAACAAUCUAGAUUCACCGUUGAGUCUUUGUCAAAGAUUGACGGACUUACACCAAUUACAUCAUCCGGAACAAUGUAUCAAAUGAUUGGUAUUGAUACAAGUAAAUUCGUUGGUAUUGAAGAUGAUGUUGCAUUUAUGGGUCAACUCUUACAAGAGGAAAGUGUAUUUGUCUUGCCUGGUACAGUGUUUGGAAUGAAAAAUUUCUUUAGAAUCGUAUUUUGUGCGCCAAUGGAAAAGUUGGCUGAUGCCUAUCAAAGAAUCAGUGUAUUCUGUGAGAAUCACCGUAAGAAAUAA